UAUACUCCUCAAGAACAAGGUAUUUAUUAGUGAAACACUCGUCUCUGAUCACUAACAACAACAACAAAAUGGGAGAAGAAUCAUCAUCAGUGAAACUGAUUGGGGCUUGGCCUAGUCCUUUCACUUACAGAGUCAUGUGGGGUUUAGAGCUGAAAGGUAUCAAAUAUGAAUACAUAAAUGAAGAUCUGAAAAACAAGAGUGAAAUGCUAUUGAAGUACAACCCAGUUUAUAAGAAGACACCAGUUCUUGUCCAUGGAGGGAAACCAAUUUCAGAGUCCAUGAUUAUCCUCGAGUACAUCGAAGAAACGUGGCCGGAGAGUUACCCACUACUACCCAAGGAUCCUUAUGAGAAAUCUGUAGCUCGGUUUUGGAUUAAGUUCAUGGAGGAUAAGGGUUCAAACUUUGGAACAUUUUUUCUGACCACCGGAGCAGAACAAGAAAAAGCCCAAAAUGAAAUUUCAGAAAUGCUAAAAACUAUUGAAGAAAAAGUUGGUCUUGGCGAGAAGAAAUUUUUCGGAGGUGAAACAAUCGGAUUGGUGGAUUUGGCAAUUGCACCUAUAGCUUACUGGUUGGGAGCAAUUGAAGAAGUAGUAGGAGUGAAAAUAUUUGAAGCACAUAAGUUUCCUAAGAUUCAUGAGUGGAGUGAAAGCUUUAAACAAGUUCUUGUGAUCAAAGAGAACCUCCCAAACUAUACUGAUUUGUUGGAAUAUCUCAAAGGCAUAAGGGAAAAGGCCAUCGCAGCGUCUCAGUAAUUAUCUAUCACCUAGUCAUAGUAUAGAAUAAGUUACUGUAAACAAUUUUAGUUUUUUGUUUUGAACUUUUGAAGCACAGUAGGCUAUUCAUUAGAAAAAUUGAAAAGUUGUUACAAGAACGAUUGGUAGGUUCUACUCAUGGAGUGGUUUAGUGCAAUUUGAAUAAAUAAGGGACAACCUAAUCCCAAAUUGUUACGGGUGGGUGAUUUCCUAGACCAUCCACUCUGAUCGAUUGCCUUCUCUUAAUGAAACCACACGUUCUGACUAGGUGAUUAGACUCAAUUCCAUGGAAUUAGCUAUCUUUCAAUGAAAACAGCGUGUUUUCCGUCGUUUGGUCAAAAAUAUGUUUACAUGGAAUUGCAAUAAAAGCGUGGUCUAAAGUAUAUUUUAAACU